CAGCGUCGAAACAUCGUAUUCUCUGAAAUUUUCCCAUGUUAAUUUCCCCAAAGGUUUCGGGCCACCGGCGGUGGGUCUACACCACAUAUCUCAACUCAAACAACUUCAGGCACUUCCUCUCAACCACGGCCGACACCACCGCCACCGCCGCCGACCCGUUUAAGACCCACCCGUCAUACCAGCACCUCUCUACCAUCAAAUCCAAAUCGGAGCUCCUCCAGUCCUACACUGUCACACCCCCCAUCAAACCCUGGCCCCGAUAUCUCUCCCCUAAAGCACUCAUUUCACUCAUCAAAUCCCAGCAUGAUCCAAACCUUUCGCUCCAAAUAUUCCACCAUGCUGGCAACUUCCACCCUGGUUUUUCCCAUAAUUACGAAACCUACCAAUCCAUCAUCAACAAACUCUGCCGUGCGCGCGCGUUUGAUGAAGUAGAGACCCUUUUAACGGAAUUGCAAAAGUCCAGCAUCCAAUGUGGGGAAGGUUUGUUUAUUACUAUGAUUCGGAACUAUGGGAUUGCUAGUAAGCCCAAAUUGGCCCUUAAGACCUUUCUGCGUAUUGAAAAAUUUGGAAUUCAGAGGUCAAUUAGGUCAUUUAACGCUUUGUUGAAUGCUUUAGUACAAAACAAAGAGUAUGAUUUGGUUUACGCAAUUUUUAAGAAUUGCCAGAAAAAGUUGGAUAUAAUGCCCAGUGUGUUUACUUGUAAUAUCUUGUUGAAUGCUUUGUGUAAGAAAGGCGAUAUUGAUAGUGCAAUUCAAGUUCUUGAUGAGAUGCCUGUGAUGGGAAUAGUUCCCAAUGUGGUGAGCUACACAACCAUUUUGGGUUGUUAUGUAUCAAUUGGUGAUUUAGUGGGGGCCAAGAGGAUGUUUGAUGAAAUUGUGGAUAGAGGUUGGUUGCCUGAUGCAACGACGUACACUGUCUUGAUGCAUGGAUUUGCUAAGCAAGGGAAGUUGAUUGAUGCAGUUAAGAUAAUGGAUGAGAUGGAAGAGAAUGGUGUUGGGCCGAAUGAAGUGACGUAUGGAGUGAUGAUCGAGGCAUUUUGCAAGGAAAAGAAGUCUGGUGAAGCUGUUAAUUUACUUAAUGAUAUGCUAGAUAAGAGGUACAUACCAAGCUCAACACUUUGCUGUAAGGUGAUUGAUCUCUUGUGUGAAGAGGGAAAGGUUGAGGAGGCGUGUGAUUUGUGGAAGAAAUUGUUGGUAAAGAAUUGUACUCCAGAUAAUGCUAUAUCGAGCACACUUAUUCACUGGCUUUGUAAGAAGGGAAAGAUUCGGGAAGCAAGGAAAUUGUUUGACGAGUUUGAGAAGGGUUCGAGUCCUAGUGUUUUGACAUAUAACAUGCUUAUUGCAGGGAUGUGUGAGAGAGGAGAGCUGCAUGAAGCCGGGAGGUUGUGGGAUGACAUGGUGGACAAGGGUUGCAUUCCCAAUGCUUUUACUUACAACAUGUUGAUCAAUGGUUUUUGCAAAGCUGGAAAUGCAAAGGAAGGAAUUAGAGUUCUGGAAGAAAUGCUUGAAAAAGGGUGUCUCCCAAACAAAUCUACUUAUUCCAUCUUAAUCAAGGGGCUUCUUGACUCUGAAUGCGAGGCAGAAGUUUUAAGGGUGCUUCCACUGGCUGCUUCAGGUGAUGUCGAUCUUGAAACUUGGGGAAUCCUUGUGGCCAAGUUUGUUACUGACCUUCGUAAUGUAUGUCCCAUUUUGGAUAAGAUAUUGCUUGAGAAUGAUACAUAAAGGUUUGUUCUGACGCUCUUCAUGCCCAUCAUCUGAUUCUAAUGUGGGAGCAAGCAUGGUUCACAAAAGGAUUAUAAUGAGAGUAUUGGUGAUUGUCUCGGUGCCUGGUUCAAGAAGGUACAAGCUCCCCUAUACAAACAUUUUUGAAGUUCAUGAGAACCUUGACAUUGUUGACAACAACUUUGGAGCCAUUUCCGGAAGAAGACUGGAAAAUGAACAUGUGAAGCAUGGGAUAUGCUGUUUGAUGACGACAUAAAAAGAGUCAAAGAAAGAAUCGCAUUGAUUUUGGUCCCGGAUGCAAUGGCUGUUAAACCUGGGUAUGAGAAGAAAUAAAGGAGGUAGUUGUAUGACGACAGUGACAAAAUGGUACUUCUUGGUUACAUAUUAUUAACUAAUGACUCACUGAAUUGACCAAACAAAUCUUACAAGAUAGCUGGUGUAGUUGUUCUGUUAUAAGAUUGAAAGCAAUUUCGUGGGAGGCUGGGAGCUCAACUGCACGAUCUAUCCUUCUUCCUUUAAGAAGGCUAUUCUGCAACCAUAUUGAACUGAAGCGUCUGCUGCAUUACGUGGUCACGGAGCUUGGCCAAUCAGAGGAUAUAACUGUCAUUGAUUUGAAGGCACUGUUGACCUGUUGAGAUGAGGCAAACAUUUACUUGAUGCAGAGAAAGAAGAGACAAGUGAGGAAAAGCUCUUCUUGAUCCCUGUUCUAUAAUUGCUAAAUUUUUUAUCCCCAUAAAUUUAUUAAAAGUAAUAUUGGUUGUUCAAAGUAUUUGACUUUGGUGUGCCAUUUUAUUGAGCAAGGACUACAGGUUACAAACUUAUAGUAACCCAUCAAACUUAUUUAAUUGUUUGAGCUAAUGAGGAGAUAUUUACCCUGCUGCUGCUGCUUUGUGAAUA